AUGGAGGCCGCCGUUGGCGCAGCGUUCUUCCGCGGCCACCCGGUGCGCCUCAACAGAGCGGGUUUUCCGCCCAGGCAUUCGCUGUUCGCAGGGCAUUGCGGGAAGGUCGUAAGGGUAACCGCGUCGGCGGAGCAGCCGACGUGGCGGGCGAAGGCGGCGGCGGCGGGCGCGGGGACCGUGACGCAGGCUGUGGUGGCCAAAAGCCCCGCUUCUGCGUUCUCCGCGUCCGCCUCUCUCUCCGCGGAACCGCAACGCGCAGCACCCGUAUUUAACGGCGCAGCACCCGCAACAGCCAAUGGGACCACGCCAGCUGGCUCCGAUACAGUGGCAGCGGGACGCGCGGUGGCGAUAUACGACACCACGCUCAGGGACGGGUCGCAGAUGGUGGGAAUCACGCUCUCAGUGGCGGACAAGUUGCGUAUAGCGGAGCUCUUAGAGGAUCUCGGGGUUGACUAUAUCGAAGCAGGCUGGCCAGGCUCCAAUCCCAAGGACGCUGAGUUCUUCCAGCGGUGGAAAGCCCGGGAGGCAGCAAGGGAGGGGAUAGACAGGUUGACAGCAGCGGGAAGUGACAGUAAUGAGGGGGAGAGGAGGCGGGCGAAGCUGGCCGCGUUUGGAGCAACUCGUUAUAAGAACACGACGUGUGAGAAGGACGGGAAUGUGCAGGCGCUGGUGGAGAGUGGAGCGCCCGUUAUCACCCUCGUGGCCAAGGCGUGGGAUGCGCAGGUGCUGAAAGUUCUCGAGGCGACCCUGGAGGAGAACCUGGCGAUGAUAGAGGACACAGUGCGCUACUUCACUGCCAUGGGCCGCCACGUCAUGCUGGACGCCGAGCAUUUCUACGAUGGCUUUUCUGCCAACCCCGAGUACGCGAUGCAGUGUGUGCGGGCGGCAGCAAGGGCAGGCGCCAAGGAGAUAGUGCUGUGUGACACUAACGGGGGCUCCAUGCCAUGGCGCGUGCAUGAGGUGACUCGUUCAGUGGUGGACGAGCUAGCAAGAGGCGCAGCGGAGGGCGAGUGGGGGAGCGAUGCGGGGGUUGGAGUGCACUGCCACAACGACUGUGGCAUGGCCGUGGCUAACAGUGUGGAGGCCGUACGAGCCGGGGCGAGAGUGGUGCAGGGGUGUGUCAAUGGGUACGGGGAGCGCACCGGCAACGCUGACAUUGUCACAGCCAUCGGGAUUCUCCAGGUGAAGCUGGGCUGCGAGUGCCUGCCUGGGGAUUCGCUCGCCAGGCUGGCGGAGAUCUCCGGGGAGAUUGCGCGGGUGGCGGGCCAGCCGCCCAACCCCGCCCAGCCGUUUGUGGGAGCCAAUGCGUUUGCGCACAAGGGGGGCAUCCAUGUGGCUGCUCUCAGGAAGAUGCCUGAGAGCUACAAUCAUUGUGAUCCGUCGCUGGUCGGCAACGCCAUGCGAUCCGUCGUCUCAGACUUAUCUGGCCGGGGCAACAUCCUUGAGAAGGCGGAAAGGGCAGGGCUGGAUCUGGGGAGGGAGGAGGCGGGGCGGGUGUUGGCGCGGAUCAAGCAGAUGGAGGCAAGAGGGUUUGCCUUUGAGAACGCCGCUGCUUCGGUGGACAUGCUCAUCGUGCGGCGAGGGGCGCGUUACCAGAUCCCCUUCCACGUGCUCGAGUUCUCUGUCAUCUCCACCAACCGCCUGGGCGUGCCUCAACCCGUGAAAGGCAGCAGCAGCAGCGAGAGCAGCAGCGGGGAGAGCAGCGAUGCGAGUGAUGCGGAGGGAGGAGUGGAGGGGGAGAGGAGGGAGAGGAGGAGGAGGGAGAGGGAGAGUGAGAGGGAGGAGGCGGCAGUGGUGGCGGAGAGUGAGUGGAUGGAGGGCGCCAGCUGUAAUAGCCAGGCCAUCGUGAAGGUCCAAGUGGGCGGCAUCAGCCAGAUGAGUGCAGCGGAGGGCAACGGGCCAGUUGACGCCCUCAACCACGCCCUCAGGGCCUCAUUGGACUGCCAUUUCCCCCAGCUGGCGCAAGUAGAGCUGGUGGACUACCGUGUUCGCCUGCUGGAGCCCUCUGAGAGACGCAGCGGCACCAUGUCCACCACUCGGGUCACCAUUGACUUCUGUGAUAAGAGCUCAGAAGCCACGUGGACCACGGUGGGUGCGCACUCAUCCAUUGUGGAGGCCAGCUUCCGGGCCCUCAUAGACGGACUCGAGUUUGGAAUCGUCAACUGCAACGAGUCGGGGUGCAAAAUCUGA